CUCUACUAGAAUUUACCUGCAAAUGCAAAUCUUGUCUUGUGAAUUUGCAUGUGAGACUGACCGUUUUGUAAGUACACUUUCUUGAUAACUAAAUAAAAACCGCAAGGCUUCAAAACCGAAAUCUAAACCGUCAAAAACCGAAUUUCAAUAUGCAGUUGAUUAUGCAUCGAGACAUUUUGAAAUCAUGUGUUGGAAUUUGAGCCAGUUUACAAUACCCAUCUUCAAGUUAUUUAUUUUGGAAUAAAGAAUGCCUGCUCUAACGCUCUUUGGUCGCGCUUGGCGAUUUGGCAGCGAUGAUUUUACUUUCCCUGGUCUUGGUGGCGCACUUCUGCGUGGUUCAUGGUUGAUUAUCCUUUGUAUUGUAUUUGGCAUCUCCUAUCAUGAUAUCCCCGAAUGCAAUGAAGGCAAACUUGCAAAGGUUUACUUCUGGAUAAUGAUACCUCUACUUUUCCUAGAAUUUUUCCUAGAAAUCAUAAUUACUGCAAUAAGCAUGCGCGGGACAGUUAUGGAUACCACUCAACGAUCAUCAAUCACCAAGUUUAUCUAUAUACGCCUCGCUAUGUUUAUUCCAGAGUUCGGACUCACCCUUAUGGGUAGCAUAUGGAUAUUCAACCCUGGUGUAGAUUGCGAUACCGAAAUUGUCUGGAGUAUAAGGGUUCUUGUUGGCUGUCAAUGGGCGGUGCUUAUUAUUGUGCUUAUUUUUCUUAUAAUUCUCUUUAAUCCAAUGGGGAGAGUUGAUUCUAGCGGUAAAAGUCUGGUUAAGAGUUCCUCUGCGUUUCAAAAGGCUAUAGAAACUCAAUUAGAGAACACAUGCUGCUGUUCUGGUGGUUCAGGAAACCAAAGUCAAGCUUUCUCUGACAUAGCACGGGGUCUGGCUAUUGUCUUCCAUGAUGUGGAUCUUGUUCCCUCGGAUAUUGCAGCUGGAUUGAUCUUGCUGAAUCAAGAACAGAGUAGAAAUGCUCAAGAAGAUAGAGAAGCUUCUCGGCAAUGGGUGAAAGAUAGACUUGUCACAUCAGAUGACAUGGAGACAUGGGAAAAAUUUGAUGAAAGCUAUUAUUUUUAUCAUUUUGCUUUGGGAUCGUAUGGCUGGCCUUUGUAUUGUUACAUGCAUCUUUGCUGCGGGUUAUGUCAUUUAUGUAAAGUCUGCAAAUGUGGUUGCUCACAAAAUCUCCAUGGUAUUGUUAUUGAAGGUGAUGAGUGCUGUAAGGCUAAUACAAGUGGCUUGAUUUCUCAAGGGCCUGCUCAUGGGAAAGUUGAAUAUGUCUUCAGUAGUUUUAAAAAUGAUGUUUACCAAACUGCAUUUUGUGUUUGUAUUGACCAUCAACUGAAGAAAGUUGUUAUUUCUGUGAGAGGAACAUUAUCUCUGAAGGAUGUGCUUACAGAUCUUACAGCUGAAACUGAUAGCUUAGAGCUUGACUGUGAUGAUGGUUGUGAAGAAAAAUGCAGUGGACACAGGGGUAUGACUAAAUCUGCAAAGUUUAUCAGAGACAAGUUGGAACGAGAGAACAUCUUGGAGUCACUGUUUUUGAGAUAUCCUGAAUACCAUUUGGUGAUUGUCGGGCAUUCUCUUGGAGCGGGAACUAGUGCAAUUCUUGCAAUUCUUAUGAAGAAGAAAUAUGAAACAGUUAAAUGCUUUGCCUAUUCUCCACCUCAGGCUUUAAAUUUAAAAGCAGCGAAAUAUUGUGAAGACUUUGUUACUUCAGUAGUUGUUGGUAAUGAUGUAAUUUCAAGGUUAAGUAUACACAGUGUGGACAUUUUAAAGAAAGAAAUCAUUGAUGCUCUGAAGCACUGUCAAAUGCCAAAGUAUCAAAUAUUGCUUGGUGGCUGUUGGGGAAUACUUAGUGACUACAUUUGUUCUUGUACAGACAAUGCUGGUGAAACGUCACAUUUGCUGGCGCAUGAUAACAAUGUGGUUUAUAACCUGAAUGUCAAUACACAACAAACGUCCACUUCUGAAUCAGAAACUGCUGAGCACUUUGAGAAACUUUAUUGUCCUGGAAACAUUCUCCACCUGAUUGAAAGAAAGUCAAUGUUUGACUUGAUUCAUGGUGACAGAGAUUCAUUUGAUAAGAUUGCAAUUGUUCCAAACAUGAUCUCAAAUCAUGUACCAGAUAAUGUGAAGAAAGCGUACGAUGUUCUUCUGUCUCAAAUUAAAUGGCAAAGCUAAUAAAUCUGCACCAAUAGGACUGUUCUCUUUAAAAAUAAUGGAAAAAUACCAUUGUAUUGGUCAACCUGUAAGGUUCUCAAUCAUAGUGACAGGGGUGAACUUCUGACAUGCCAGAGGUUUUAAAA